UGAUACUUGAAAUCCCCACAAAAAUCUUUAGUCUAACUCCAACCGUUCCAGUGUUCGGAUCUAAAUAUUAGAUUUUUUCUCGCACAAAGUAAUUCAAAGUAAUUUUUCCGAUCUGGCUUCAGUGCGUUCGCUCAGUAAUAUAGCGAAGAUGUCCUUGCCGCGAGUUUACUUCGACAUUACCGCCGGAAACGAGAAGCUGGGACGUAUCGUCAUGGAGCUGCGCUCCGAUGUGGUACCGAAGACGGCUGAGAACUUCCGUGCCCUGUGCACCGGCGAGAAGGGUUACGGCUACAAGGGCUCUCCCUUCCACCGUAUCAUACCCAACUUCAUGUGCCAGGGUGGGGACUUCACCAACCAGAACGGAACCGGCGGGCGUUCCAUCUACGGCAACAAGUUCCCCGACGAGAACUUCGAGCUGCAGCACACUGGACCGGGCAUCCUGUCCAUGGCCAAUGCCGGGGCCAACACCAACGGAUCGCAGUUCUUCAUCUGCACUGGCAAGACCAACUGGCUGGACCGGAAGCAUGUGGUCUUUGGCAAGGUCGUCGAGGGCAUGGAGAUUGUCCAAAAGGUCGAAUCGUACGGCUCCACCACUGGCAAGACCUCCAAGCCAGUCAUAAUUGAGGAUUGUGGCGCUCUAUAAGCCUGCCACACACCACACGCCCACACACCACAAAUACUGAACAAAAACCAACAAGAACUAGUUCAUUUAUACACUUCUUGACAUACACACACAUGUAACAAAAAAUGAACCCGUUCAGUUCACAAGCUUGGCAUUCAUAAACAGCAUUCCACAUUUCGACAUAAAAUCAGCAUUCAUAAACAGUAUUGGAUUGAAAAAUGUACACGCAGCAAAUCCUCAACAAAGUGUUCUGUACCACCAUAA